UCUCUCGCAGGGUAUAAAGAGCAGGAGAGUGAACUGACGUUACAUUACAUUCACAGGACACAGCUCAGACGGGACACAUAGAGUGAAUCUGUGCCAGGCUUCUACAGCUGCAUUCAGAGACAGACAGGAUGUGGGUGACAAACAUUGCAGCUUUCUGGCUGCUGGCCCUUGUGGCCUCUGCAGAGGACAAGAAGCUGAGCAGUCAUGCCAUCACACUGGCUGACAACAGUGCAAACCUGGCUUUCAGCCUCUACCACAACAUGGCAAAGGAGAAAGACUCAGAGAACAUCCUCAUCUCUCCUGUGGUGGUGGCCUCCUCUCUGGGGAUGCUGGCUCUUGGUGGAAAGUCCUCCACUGCCUCGCAGGUCAAAACUGUCCUCAGUGCUGACAAACUAAAGGACGAGCAUCUGCAUGCAGGACUGUCUGAGCUGCUCUCUGAGGUGAGCAAUGCCAAGACACGCAACACCACCUGGAAGAUUAACAAUCGCCUUUAUGGGCCAAGUUCCGUCUCCUUUGCUGACGAUUUUGUGGAAAGCAGCAAAAAGCACUAUAACUUCGACCAUUCAAAAAUAAACUUACGAGACAAGAGGAGCACUCUGAACUCCAUCAACGAUUGGGCGGCAAAGUCAACUGAUGGCAAGCUUCCCGAGGUCACCAAGGAAGUACAGAACCCAGAUGGAGCCUUGAUUGUCAACGCCAUGUUCUUCAAGCCUCACUGGGAUGAGAAGUUCCAUGAAACAAUGGUGGACAAUCGUGGUUUCCUGGUUACUCGCUCAUUCACCGUUGGGGUUCCCAUGAUGCAUCGUACAGGUCUGUAUGAUUUCUACGAGGACACUGUGAACGGUCUCUUUGUGCUGAACAUGCCUCUGGGGCAGAAGCAGGCCUCAAUGAUCUUCAUCAUGCCCUACCACCUGGAGCCUCUGAAACGCCUGGAGAAACUCCUGACCAGGAAUCAGGUGGACAUUUGGCUCAGUAAGAUGGAGAACAGAGCUGUGGCCAUCUCUCUUCCUAAGAUGUCUUUGGAAGUCAGCCAUAAUCUGCAGAAACACCUGGCUGAACUUGGGCUAACUGAAGCCACAGACAAAGCCAAGGCGGAUUUGUCCAACAUUUCUGGAAAGAAGGACCUCUACCUCUCCAACGUCUACCAUGCUUCGGCCCUGGAGCUGGAUGUUGAUGGAAAUCCGUUCGACACCAACAUCUUUGGCUCUGGAAAGCUGAGGGACCCUAAACUCUUCUAUGUGGAUCAUCCGUUCAUCUUCCUGGUGAAGGACAGCAAGACCAACUCUAUCCUUUAUAUCGGCAGAGUAGUUAGACCUAAUGGAGAAAAGAUGCGCGAUGAGCUAUAAUGAUGACGUCAUCAAUCGUCUCAGGUAGCAUUGUGACAUUUUGUCAGGAUCCUGUGUGUGGGUGUUUAAUGGCAUGACUGGCUCGUGAGCACAUUCUUUUCUUUACAUCCUUAUUUUUGCCAGUGUUUUAGCUGCACAGAUUUUUUCCCCUGCACAAAAUUAGUUUGCAGUGGAUAAGUGACAGACAUCUGAUGCUUAAUUAAUGUUUAGCUGCCAGCAAUAUUGUGCCAUUUUGCUACUGUAAAUGUAUUUUCCACAAAAAACUCUUGGAAUUGUGUGAUUAUGAAAUAAUAUGUUAAUUUUUCAAUAUAAUAAUACAAAGGC